AUGGCACCGUCCAGCAGAUGGAGUAUCCGGCUCUUCUUUCUCUGGAUCCUCCUCAUCCAUACAGCAGGUCUAUACCUCUUCACGAAAGGGUUUCUUCUCUCUCGACAGAUCCUCGACUCGAAAAGCCAUUGCUCUGAUCCCCCAGUGAAUCUCUCGAGAAUCACCACACCCACUUCAGAUACCUCAAACACCACCUGCUGGACGCAGCCCAUCUUCUCCAAAGCCAUCAUCCUCCUCAUCGACGCCCUCCGCCACGACUUCACCACCCCACAACCUACCUCCCCCAAACCAUACCACAACGCCCUCACCGUCCUCCACGAAACCGCUUCUCAAAACCCCCACAAUGCCCUCCUCCUCCCCUUCAUCGCCGAUCCCCCCACCACCACCCUCCAACGCCUGAAAGCCCUCACAACCGGCACCCUCCCGACAUUCAUCGAAGCGGGAUCCAACUUUGCCGGCUCCGCUAUCACAGAAGACAAUCUCAUCACGCAGCUCCGCGACGCAGGGAAACACCUCGUACAUCUGGGCGAUGAUACAUGGGGCAAGCUUUUCCCAGAGCACUUCGAUCCUCGUCUCUCCCGUCCCUAUGACUCGUUUCUAGUCGAGGAUCUACAUACCGUCGACGAUAGGAUCUACGAACACCUUCUUCCUCUCGUCCGCGACAAGGCUGAAACAUGGGACGUUGUUAUCGCUCAUUUCCUCGGUGUUGACCACGUCGGGCAUCGAUUCGGACCAGCGCAUCAUGAGAUGCAGGGGAAGUUGUACCAGAUGGACCGUAUCGUGCGAGAGGUCAUGCGGGAGGUUGAUGAUGAGACCGUGUUGGUGGUGAUGGGGGAUCAUGGGAUGGAUGAGAAUGGGAAUCAUGGGGGUGAGACGAGAGAUGAGGUUCGGGCUGCGUUGUGGUUGUAUACCACGCGGGAGGUGUGGGGGGUUGUUGGUUCGGGUGGUGGGCUGGUCCCCGUCACUGGGCUGGUUGAGAGGGAUACGCCGCAGGUGGAUGUCGUGGCGACGUUGGCGCUGUUGUUGGGAGUGCCGAUUCCGUUUAAUAAUUUGGGACGGCCGAUUGAGGAGGUGUUUGUGGGGGUGGAGGGGAGGGAUUGGGGACGGUUGGUGGAGGUGAGUGCUUUGGCUGCGGCGCAAGUGCAGAGGUUUGCGGGGGAGUAUGAGAAUCGUGGAGGGGAGGGGUUGGGCUUGGAGGGGGAGGUCUGGGAGGAGGUGGAGGUGGAUUGGGAGGAUGAGGUGGCGUUGAGAGAACUAUAUGAGAAGAUGAGGGGGUAUCAGAGCAGAAUGCUGGAGGGGUAUAGGCGGGUUUGGGCUCAGUUUGAUCUGCUGAGCAUGGUCGAGGGAGUGAUGGUUCUGCUGCUAGGGGUUGGUGUGCUGCUGUGCUUCCAAGUCGAUGCUGGUCGUGCUUGGAGACUGGGGAUAUCUGGAGUGGUGGUUGGGAUCGUGACGGGGGUGGUGGCCGGGGUUGGUCAUGUUGCUUUGGCUGACUCUGUGAGGGCUACCAUGGAGGGAGUGAUUCUGGGUGCUGCUGUGGGCAGUGCUGUGCCAUACAUCUGGCGGAUUGGUUUUGGAGGGUGCUCGCAGCUGAAGGUUUGGGACUGGCAGGCAGUGAUGUUCACCCUGCUUCUAUCCAUCGGGUUUGCCUCGAAUUCCUACACCGUGUGGGAAGACCGCGUGGUUCUGGUCUUUCUGUCAACCUUUGGGAUAUGCACGCUUGGUGAAUCACAAAGGCAAUAUGCAACGGGCAUUCGCGGAGCUCAUUCUUUGCUGUUUAUGUUGCUGAACCGAGUCGCCUCGCUCAGUCAAGCUUGUCGAGAAGAGCAACUGCCGUUUUGCAGCACUUCGUUCUAUCGCCUAGAGAACAAUGCAGUAUGGAGACUGUCGAUCCCGGUCAUCAUUCUCAUGGCCGUUCUAUACACCACCAGGACGGCUCUUGAGGAUCUUGAGGUCAGGAACGUGUUCUGGUUUAAGGUCUGCAUGCCUGUUGCGCUGCUGUGCAAUGCUGCGUUUUGGAGUCUGGAGACUGCACAUGAACAAGGCUGGCUGGGAGGCAUCCUUGCCGAAGACACCUCCAAAGUCGUGCGCAUGACUGUGGCUCGGACGGUGCUGGUCAUUGUCCUCGUCGGGCUGGGAGCUGCCUUUACAUCCACAUCCGGACAGAGGCUUAUGGAAAGACGACUCAUCUUCACCACGGCAGUGCUGCUUGUGAGCAUCCUCGCAGGUAACCCAACAGGUGGGCUCUCCUUGACGAUUCUGUACUGCCAACUCAUCAGCCUCCGUCACCUCGUCUGCAACAGCUCCAUCAAACCCACCAUCGCCGCCCUCCUUGGCACGUUACACUUCUUUAGCACCGGUCACAACGCCACCUUUUCGAGCAUCCAGUGGAAAACAGCCUACAUCCCGUUCCGCGAUCCGCAAUAUCCAUUGUCGCCACUGCUGGUGAUCAUCAACACUUUCGCCGCGCCAAUCGUGGCCGCAUGCGCCGUGCCUCUAUAUUCGCAGGACCAAAGCCAAGCCCGCUUACUAGCAGCGCACAGUACCGUGUACACCGUCUGGGCCGUCUCUACAGCAGCAUGGGCGUGUAUCCUCCGCCGUCAUCUGAUGCUCUUUGCGAUAUUCUGUCCGAGAUUCCUUAUGGCCGGCGGUCUAAUGGUGAUUGUGGAUGUUCUUGCACUGCUGAGCUCUUACUGA